AUGGUUUUAGCUGAUAUCACUGGUAAUAAAAUUCAAUGCUCAUGCAAGAGAUCUUACAUCAAGCGUGUUCAACAUAGUCUUCCUCUUGUGAAAUGGAAGGUUAUUGAGAACAUGAAGAUUAGUGGAACCGGUGGCAAAUUCAAGCCAACCAAAUUGAGCUAUAAGAUGAAUAUCAUUAACGAUACUGUUUUUACAGACUCAAAUCAUAAUGAUGAUAGCAGCUUCUUGGCUCUAUCGAGUUUUGAAGAGAUUUUGGGUGGCAGUCUUGAUACUCACUGUCUAAUUGAAAUCUUAGGGCAAGCAAUAGAGAUUGGUGGAGUUCAGAUCAUCCAAGUCCAAAAUGAGGAUCGAAAAAGGAUUCAGCUUCGCUUGCGAGACAACAGUGGCCAUGAAUUGGCGUGUUGUUUGUGGGGAUCUUAUGCUGAAAGGAUUGAAGAACAUCUUGAAAAAGCAAAUGGUCAAGUUCAAAUAACAAAUGCAUUUGCUGCCUCUCUAUUGGAUCUGAAUCCAACAAUGCCUGAGGCUAUGGAGUUCAAAGAAAAGCUCAAAGAUGGAGUACUUCCUCUUGCUGUUGUUGACCCUAACGAUGCUAAACCAGCCAUUGAUGAUUGGGAUGAUGUAGGUAUCAUCAUGAUUUCCGAGUUACAUGAGACUACCCAGCUCGAGAAUGUUAAGAUCAAAUGUGGGAAAAUAGUAACUAGAAUCAAUAGAGCAGCUAAACUUUUGUUCCGCUGUGCGAUUUGCAAAGCUAAUGUUUCUAAGGUGUUCCCAAAAUUCAAACUGCAUUUGAUUGCUGAAAAUGAUACCGGAAAAUGUAAACUGGUGUUGCUUGGCACUAUUGCUCAGGAACUCAUUGGUUUUCAGGCGACUGACCUUUGGGACGAUCAUCCUGAAAUUUUGCCUCAACCAAUAAUCGAUUUGGUUGGCAAAUCUUUCUGUUUUGAAAUUGAAUCUUCUGAAAAUGGAUCCGAGAGCUAUACGGUUUCUAAGGUUUGGUCUGGAGAUAUUAUUCAGAAAAUUGAAACUGAAUCUGAGCCAGUGUCCCUUAUAGAAGGUGGUUCAUCCAGUAUGGCUUCUGGUGGGGUUCUGUUGUUGGAUGGUGACAGUCAAACAUCCUCAGAAGAUUGUGGAACUUCAUACUCAAAAAGAAAGGAAAGUGACAAUGAUCUUCCAGACAUAACAUCUACGUCGAAGAAGAUCUGCACUGCCACAAUCAAGACUGAAAACCCUAAGACUGAUUAG